AUGAUAAAGUCAACUGCUGGUGGUGGCGGAAUGGGUUUAAAGGUAGUUCACGAAAAGGAUGAAUUACAGUCUGCCUUAAACGAUGUGAUUUCCAGGGGAAAGGCGUUGUUCAAGAAUUCGGGUGCUUAUUUGGAAAAAUACAUUGAACAUGGCCGUCAUAUUGAAGUCCAGAUCUUUGGAAACGGACGAGGUGAUGUGGUUGCGUUUGGUGAGCGUGAGUGUUCUAUUCAAAGACGUCACCAAAAGGUUAUUGAAGAAGCCCCAAGCCCUUUUGUUGCCUUACCAAGCUAUAACCACUUGGAAUUGAGAAAGAAUUUAUCUAAGUGCGCCAUAGAGUUGGCAGCCACCAUCAAGUAUAAAUCAGCUGGUACUGUUGAAUUUCUAGUGGAUGAUGAUUCAGGGGAUUACUACUUUUUGGAAAUGAAUACCCGUCUUCAAGUGGAACAUGGAAUAACUGAAUUGAUAUAUGGAGUGGAUUUAAUGAAGCUUAUGCUACUUCAAGCUGAAUUCGAGGCCAGGAAUGAAGUAGGAUUACCCAAAAAAACACUUCUUUCCGAAGGGUCUUAUCAAGUGGAUAAUGACGGUGUUGCAAUCCCCCAAGGAUGGGCAAUUGAAUGCAGAAUAUAUGCUGAAAACCCUGCUAAGAAUUUCCAGCCUUCUCCCGGUAUUCUUCAUAAUGUCGAUUUUCCUCAGACAGUUGAUGAUUGUGAAGUAAGAAUUGAUCACUGGAUUUCUACUGGUAAUAAAGUUUCUCCUUACUUUGAUCCAUUAUUAGCAAAAGCCAUGAUACUCGCCCCAAACAGAGUCAAGGCAAUCGAUGGAAUGAUUAAAUUACUCAAGGAAACAAAAGUUCAAGGACCUCCUGUGAAUAUUGAUUACUUAUCUAAAAUACUAUCAAGCAAAAACUUUCAGUCUGGCUAUACUUUGACUUCGUUCUUGAACAGAUCCUUCGAGUAUAUCCCUCCAUUGCUUGAAAUUUUGCAACCUGGUGCUUAUACUUCCAUUCAGGAUUUACCUGGGCGUGAAUCCUAUAGUGCUGGUAUCCCCUUAUCUGGACCUGUCGAUCCCUUGUUUUUGCAAUUAGCUAAUUUGAUCGUGGGUAAUGACCGUAAAUCUGAAGCUUUAGAAAUAACAUUCAAGGGCCCAACUAUAAAAUUCCAUUCACUGGCAACAAUAUGUCUCGCUGGUGGAAAAUUCAAAUUUAGAUCAAAUGGAAAGGAUUUACCUAUGUUCACCGCAAUAACAGUCCCUGCCGAUUCAACCAUUAAAAUUGGUGAUUUUAUCGGUCAAGGUGCCAGAGCUUAUUUAGCAAUUCGUGGUGGUUUACCAGAUGUUGCUUCGUAUCUUGGUUCAAAAAGUUGUACACCUACUUUAAAUUUAGGUGGUCAUCAGGGAAGAGUUCUUAUGAAUGGUGAUUGUCUUGCAAUAAAGCCAGUAACUUUCAAUGAACAUUCUCCUAAAUGUGGAUUCAAAUUACCUCCUCAUUGCAUGCCUUCUUUAGAGAGCUUGGAAGAUGACCAUGUUUGGACCAUAAGAAUGUUAAGUGGUCCUCAUGACACUCCCGAAAUUUGCAGCAAAGAAGGUUUAGAUAUGUUUUAUAAUACUGUCUAUAGAGUGAAUUUGAAUUCGAAUAGAGGAUGUACUAAAUUAGAUGGACCUGCAAAUGUUUUCUCCAGGAAAGAUGGUGGUGAUGGAGGCUCUCAUCCAAGUAAUAUUUUAGAAUACCCUUAUCCUACUUGUGGGUUGAGUAUUGUUGGUAGUGUUGUGUCUUUAUUUGGUGUUGAUGGUGGAACUUUAUCGGGUUUCACUUGUAUUUGCACUCCAGCAAAAGCUGAUUGGUGGAAGAUUGGACAGGCCAAGAUAGGUGCCGGCUUAAAAUUUAAACUCAUUAGUUAUCUGGAUGCCUUAAGACUAUCCGAACAAAGAGAAAUUUUUUUUGUUGAAUUAGAAAAUGCUAUUAAAAAAGGUACAGACUUGCCUGACUUUACUGAUGAAUUAGAUCAAUACGAAAACGAAGUUGACGAAAUAUCUAAAACCAAUUUGUAUCACAGAAAAAGUAACCAAGACAAAGGUUUACCUGAAUUCACUAUCAGACAAGCUGGAGAAAACAUGAUUCUUACUGAUUUUGCAAUUGAUCACUUUACGUUAUUGAAUAACGGUCGCCAGAAAGCCUUAGAGAUUGAAAUCGAUAAAUACGAUGGGAGUUCUAAAUUCAUCAAGGCUAUCAUCAGAAAGGAAUCUUGCACUGGAUCCACUGGGUUUUUGUUCAAUUCCAAUAUCAUUGAUAGAGAAGAAUUUAUUGAGAUACUUGCAAACAUUGAAUCGAAGAUUCCGCCACCUCAUGGUCUCAAGAUCAAAAGUACCUUGUAUAGACUUCCAUGUUGUUUCAACCAUAGUGCUUUAAAGCAUUGCAUGGAAAGAUAUAUGCAUUCUCAAAGACCUUAUGCACCAUAUUUACCUGAUAACAUCGAAUACGUACGCAAAGCUAAUUGCAUUGAUCUGUUUGAAAAAUUCAAAGCCAACGUCAUUGGCCAAACCCAAGUGGUCACUGCUGUUUCAUUCUUCUGUGGCAAUACCUUAGCUGUGAACAUGGACCCACGUACCAGAUUUAAAACGGGGAAGUUUAAUCCGGCAAGAACUUUCACCCCCAAAGGCUCCAUUGGUUCAGGUUCUGUUGGUAACUCAAUUUAUUCCAUUGACUCUCCCGGUGGUUAUAUGAUUUGGGGGAUGACCCUUCCAGAUUUAUGCUGGAAAACAUUUGGCAAACAACCAUGGUAUUUCAAUAACUUUGAUCAGAUUAUUUAUUAUGAGGUUGAUGAGGAGCAGCUUAAUGAAUUGAAUAACAAGUUAAUCACUGGGAAAUUGGAUAUCCAAAAAGAAGAAGUUGAAUUUGACUUUAAAACUUAUGAUAAAUAUUUAAAAGAAAAGCAUCAUGACAUUGACAAAGUAAAUGAAGCCAAAAUUAAAGCCACCUCACUUCUCGUAGAAGAGGAAGAGGCUUCCCAUAAAAAGUGGUUAGCUGAACUUGAAGCUGCAAAAGAAAGUGCCAGAGAAGCUUCCGCCAGACAGUCCAAAGACAUCCUCAACGAUCCAAACACUAUUAAGAUCAAAUCAAACAUGGCUGCAAAUAUCUUUAAAAUUAAUUUCAUGCCCGGUUCAAGAGUUAAAGCUGAGGAUACCUUGAUAAUUCUUGAAGCAAUGAAAAUGGAGAUUGCAAUCAAACCAAUCAAUGAUGAUGAGGACAGCGACGAAGAGGAAGACCUGAACCUGAAAAAUACAACUGACACCAGCUACGAAGUGCUCGAAUUCAUCGUAGAAGAAGGAGACGUUGUAGGUCCGGGUGAUACUUUAGCUCUAAUCAGAGCUGUUUAG